CACAAUAAAGAAAAAUAUAUUGCCUAUAAGAACUCAACAAGUAGCAAAGUACAACAAUCUCAGAAUCAGAAGCCAAGCAAACACAGUCAGUGAUUCUGAAUUCUAAUGGAGCAAAGCAGAGGUCUGAGAUUGAUACUUCUCCCACUGCCAUUUCAAGGCCAUAUAAACCCAAUGCUAGAACUGGGCAACCUUCUUCACUCCAAAGGCUUCUCCAUAACCAUCGUCCACACCAAGUUCAACUCUCUCAACCCUUCAAGCCACCCACACUUCACCUUCCACUCAAUCCCUGUCGACUUAUCUGAAUCUGAGGCCUCCAUAAAGGAAGCUGGCCGUCUUCUUUCUCUUAUAAACGCUAAAUGUGUUGAGCCUUUCAGGGAACGCUUGGCUACCUUGUUAUCCGAUGCAGAGGAGGACCCUGUUGCUUGCUUGAUCUCAGAUCCUCUCCUUCACUUCACUCGAUCAGUUGCAGAGAGCUUUGAGCUCCCAAGGAUUCUGUUAAGGACUGGGGGCGCCGCUUCCUUUGCUGUUUAUGCUGCUUUUCCACUUUUGAAGGAAAAGGGUUACCUCCCAAUACAAGAUUCUCGACUAGAAGAGCCAGUGACAGAGCUGUCACCUUUCAAAGUUAAAGACCUGCCCAGAAUGGACACUUGUGACCCUGAGAGUUUUUACCAACUGAUAACCAACAUGGCAAAUGAACCUAAGGCCUCAUCUGGACUCAUUUUCAACACUUUCGAAGACCUUGAACAACAUGCACUUGCCACACUUCGCCAAGAUUCUUACCCCAAUAUUCCAAUUUUCCCAAUAGGCCCAUUUCACAAGUGUGACUCUGCAGCAUCCUCUUCUUCAACUGGCUUAUUAACAGAAGACCAGAGUUGCAUUUCAUGGCUAAACACUCAAGCACCGAAAUCUGUUGUGUAUGUUAGCUUUGGGAGCAUUGCUGCAGUAAAAGAAGCUCAGUUUUUGGAGAUAGCUUGGGGACUAGCCAACAGCAACCACCCAUUCUUGUGGGUAGUUCGACCCGGAUUAGUCCAUGGAUCAGAACCAUUGCCUGAUGGGUUUCUUGAGAGUUUGAAUGGGAGGGGCCACAUUGUGAAAUGGGCUCCACAGAAACAAGUACUGGCUCAUCCAGCAGUUGGAGCCUUUUGGACUCACAAUGGUUGGAAUUCUACAUUGGAGAGUGUUUGUGAGGGGGUCCCUAUGAUUUGCAUGCCAUGUUUCAGUGAUCAAAUGGCCAAUGCAAGAUAUGUGAGCCAUGUUUGGAAGGUUGGGGUGCAGAUAGAGCAUGGCAUUGAGAGAGUUGAGAUUGAAAGAACCAUUAAUUUGUUAAUGGUGGAAAAAGAAGGGGAAGAUAUCAGAGACAGAGCAUUGAAGCUAAUGGAGAAGGCAAUUAUUUGCCUCAAAGAAGGUGGCUCUUCAUACCAAUCUUUGGAUGGCUUGGUUAAACAUAUUUUAUCAAUAAAAUCCUUUGCUUUUGGAAAGCAGAGUGAGUGAUCCCUUGUUUUUCAAAGGGCUUCUUAGGUCUAGGUUGAAA